GACGGCACAGUGGAGGCGAGGCCAGGAAGGAGCAGCAGGGAAGUGAAGGAAAAGGAAGGAGCAGCUGGGAAGUGAAGGGUACAUGGAGAUGUGCCACCGUGGAGGCGAGACAAGGAAGGAGCAGCUGGGAAGUGAAGGGUACGGGGAGAUAGGUCACCGCAGAGGCGAGGCGAGGAAGGAGCAGCUUGGUCAUGAAGGGUACCGGGACAUGGGCCACCGCAGAGGCGAGGCAAGUAAGAAGCAGCUCGGACAUGAGGGGUACCAGGAAAUGGGUCGCCAUGGAGGCGAAAUGAGGAAGGAGCAGAUUGGACAGGAAGGGUACCAGGAGAUGGGCAAAAAGGGCGGGCUCAGCACCAAGAACAAGUCGGGAGGAGAGCGUGCUGCCGAGGAAGGCAUCGAGAUUAACGAGUCCAAGUACAAAACGAAGAGCCGCUAAUAUGGAUCGUUAACCAGUGCUUCCAAGCUCAAGGCAUCCGACUUGUAGUUUUUGUUAUUAGGGUUUUCUAAGUUUUAUUAGGGUUACGAAGUUUGGUUUCACUAGGGUUGUAGGAGUGCACGGUGUAUACUGUCUUUGUCCUUGGUAUGUGGUUGUAGUAAGAGUGCUUGUUGUCCAAGUAUGUUUUCAGCGUCGGAAAUCAAACACACGCCGCGUCCUCUUUGUAUCUAAACCUGGGCUUGUCCAGCUAUACAGCUACCAUCAUCGGCGCCGCAUGGGGGAUUGGGAGAAGCAAGAGACAGUGCUACCGAAGAAGGCCUAAGUUGUGUUUGGGAUAUUUACAGCAGCUACCUCCAUUUGAGAAGGCACUAACCAAAAACAGAUGAUAAUUCUUAAUCGUCGGCGUCAACAUAACUUUGCUACUACAAGUGAAGAAGACAUACUUUGACAUUGAUACUUCUACCUGACUAGCAUAGCACUGUACCAGGUGGUCCUGUAAUUUCGAUCUCUCUCUCUUUUCUUCACAUCCUUUG